AUGAUCGACAGAAUAAGGCCUAUAUUCGACAGAAAACAAUACGUCUACCUUAAGCAGUUUUCAUGGCAUUACCUAAUGAUCUUUACUGGGCUGGGUGUGCUAGUGGCAACUGAACUGCUCCUUCCGCCCCGUGUUUCACGUCCGUUCCGACUAGAUGACGCCCGCAUUUCCAAGCCUUAUAAAGAAAACGAGAUUGUUCCCAAUUCCCUUUGUAUCUUGCUCUCAGCGGGUUUGCCCAUGGUGGUUGUGUUUGCCGUGUGCGUCGCGAAACGGCGGUCGUGGUCAUGUGACAGCGUGCCGCUACCCUUGCCCGUCUCCGUGCGCCGCGGCAGCGGCGCCAGAAGCGCAGCUGCUGGUGCCAGCGCCAACGCCGCCACCGCCGGCCCUACCAGCACCGCCACCGCCACCAUCCAAGCACCCCUCAACAGCAGCUGGCUAGCCAUCACCGAUCCCGCACUCCACAUAUUCCACUGCAACAUGGUGCAUCUCUGGCUCAGCAUUAGCCUAAUGGCCCCCAUUACGAGCAUACUAAAAAUUAUGAUCGGCAACCAAAGACCGGACUUUCUAGCCCGUUGUCAGCCGUCCGCCGGGGGCGCCGCCCCCGGCGCCGGCGACUUGCUGGGUUUUCAUUCAUGCACAAACAAAAACCUCGCAAUACUAUACGAAGGCUACAAAUCUACACCAAGUGGGCACAGCAGCUUCAUCGCCUGCGGCAUGGCCUUCCUAUUCCAGUGGCUAUCACGCUACCUGCCCACCAGGCGCCGCUGGCUGCCCCAGUUCUGGUGCAUCCUGCUCGCACUGGUCGUGAUGUAUUCCCGCGUGCUGGACGGCCGCCACCACUGGUACGACGUGAUUUCCGGCGCAAUCAUAGGUCUGGGCUCCCAUGUGCUAGUCUCAGCGACGGUGUUAUAG